AUGUUCCUCCUCUGCAACGCCCUCCUCGUAUUCCUCGCAAAUUACUCUGGUCUCUUCAAAUCCCUCUCCUCUUCCUCAAGGAGCUUCGACCCCUGUUCCAAACUCUACGAUUUCGGGCCUCUGUCGGACCCAAUUACGACGGAGCUGGUUCAGAAACCGCCGCUGAUUCCGACAGAAACCGCCGCCGAUGAAAAGAACGAUGACCCAGAUGAAAGAAUCGUUUCAGCUCCAGAAAAUGGCGAAGAAGACGAGAGCUAUCGAUUAGCGGCGAGGUUUUUUGCGGCUGAAACAGGGGAAGUUGAGGAUACGGCGGCGGCAGCGGCGGCGGCGGAGGAGGAGGAAGAAGGGAACGGCGGCGUGCUGAGUGAUGAAGAAUUGAAGAGAAAGUUUGAUGAAUUCAUUAAGAGAAUGAAGGAAGAAAUCGUUCUAGACGAUGCUACAAGAACUCUAGUGGUGGUUUGA